GAGGAGGAGGAGGAGGAAGAGCCGGUGACGUCGUCCCUGGGCGAGGCCGCCCCCGGUCCGGGCCGGCCCCCCGCCGUGUCGGACUGCUGGGAGGAGGAGCCGGAGCCGGCCGGGGGGGACGAGGGCGGCAGGUACACCCCGAGCCACCCUCGGGCGCAGGCCUGGAACCAUAGCAUCACCGAGCUGCUGUGCGGCAUGACGCUGCCGGACUCCUUCGUGGCCUCCCGGCCCUUCCGCCGGUUCAUGGCCCGGGCCGACCCGCGCUACCACGUGCCCUCCCCGGCCUUCUUCUCGCACAAGGCGCGGCCCCGGCUGCACGGGGCCGUGCGCCUGCGCGUGCUCCGGGACCUGCGGGGCGCCGAGGGGGGCCGGAUCCACCUCGCCGCCCACGUGUGGACGCGGCAUCCGGCGGUGGACUUCCUGUCGCUCACCGCCCACUGGGUGACCUACGACCCCGCCGGGGGCGGGGGGCGGCGCCGGCAGGCGGUGCUGAGCGUGCGGGGCCUGCCCAAGGAGCGUCCCCCGGGGGGCCAGCUGGAGCAGCAGGAGCUGGUCCGCCAGACCCGCUCCUGGCUGGCUCCCAACUCGCUGAGCCUGGGCCUGACGGUGGCCGGCGGCGGCUGCCCCGGCCUGGAGCGGGCCGUGAGGGAGGCCGGCCACGCCCACGUGCCCUGCUUCGCCCACUGCCUCGGCCUGCUGGUCGGGGGCUUCCUGCACCACCACCACAGCGUCCAGCUGGCGGUCGGCACGGCCCGGGCCGCCGUGGCCCACCUGCGCCGCUCCCCGGAGGCCCAGCAGCUCCUGGCCCGGCUGCGGCGGGAGAGCGGGCUCCCGGCCGCCGGCCGGCCGUGGCCCGAGGAGACGGGCCGCUGGGACGCCACGUACCGCCUGCUGGAGUGGCUGGCCGAGCGGCAGCUGCCCCUCCGGGAGUGCGCGGCCCAGCACCGGCUCGGGGAGGCCGGGGCGAAGCUGACCCCCGGCCUGUGGAGCCUGGUGGGCAGCCUGGUGGCCCUGCUGCAGCCCUUCGAGAUGGCGGCCCGGGAGGUGGAGGCGGCCGGCGCCUCGCUCAGCCAGGUGCUGCCCCAGGUGCGCUACCUGCACAUCUUCCUGCGGCAGAUCCGCGGGCGGUUCGAGGCGGCCAGGGGCGGCGAGGCCAGGGCCGCCGGCCGCCUGGCCGAGAGCCUGGCCCUCCAGCUGGCCACCGACCACCGGCUGAACGAGCUGUUCCACCACGAGGCCUACGUGCUGGCCACCCUGCUGGACCCGCGCUUCAAGGGGAAGAUGGAGGCCAUCCUGCCCCUGGGCUCCGACGUGGACCACUGGAAGCAGGUGCUGGUGCGCAAGGUGAAGGAGAUCAUGGUCGCCUCGGCCUGCCCGGCCCCGCCCCGGGCCCCCCAGAGCCCGCCGGGCUUCCGGGACUUUCCGGCCGAGCGGCCGCCCCGGGGCAGGAAGGGCUCCCGGGGGCCGGAGAAAGGCGGCGGGAAGGGGGCCGCGCCCCUCCCGCUGAUCCACAAGGAGAAGACCCUGACCGAGCACCUGGAGGGCGUGGGGCUGCUGGCCUCGGAGGGCAAGGGGGCCUCGCUGUCCACCGAGAGCCACUCGGCCUGCGUCAUGGUGGACAAGUACCUCCACGACACCCAGACGGUCGGGGCCCGGGACGACCCCCUGGACUACUGGGAGAGGAGGCGCGGGCUCUGGCCCGCCCUGGCCCAUCUGGCCACCCUCUACCUGUCCUGCCCGCCCUCGGGGGCCUCCUCGGAACACCUCUUCGGCUCCCUGGACGGCCUCGCCGAGGGCCGGGGCAGCCCCCUGGAGGUGGAGGCGGCCGAGGACCUCCUCUUUCUCAAGACCAACCUGGAAAACUUCCCCGACUACAGCCCCCCACCCCUCAUCUUCUCCUCGGACUCCGACCCGGGCAGCGUCCGUGACCCGGGGGAGGAGGAGCAGCAGCCGGCUUCAGACACCCCCUGAGGGGUGAAGACCAGCCAGGGUCACUGGGGAGUCGGGGGCAGCUCCUGACGUCCCCCAAGGGUGAUCUCUGACCCCGUAGGUUCAGCCUGCACCACACGGCCUUCCCUGCCCAAACGGGGCCCUCCAAGCACUCUGGGACUCAGGCCGUCGUCGGUCCCUCAGGGGCAAAGACUUAGCUUAACCUUUGGUAAUUUCAUCAGCAUCUCAUCCCGUGUAUAGCACAAAGGAGAUGCACAAUAAAUUUUGUUCCAGAAGAGGA